GACACUGUCGUCUUAGACCUGCUAUGAAGUUCGAUGUAGUUCUCAUUAGACAAGGAUUGUGAACAUUUCAUAAUUUUGAUUGCUGGAAUCCGGAAGUUGUUGGAAUCCAAGCUGACUUUUGUUGUAGGAGAUGGAACAAGUUCACAGUCAGGGCAAAACCAAAUCUAAUGGUGGUUGGACGACGCUUCACCUGGCUAGUUACUUUGGCCAGAAAGAUAUUGUUGAAGAACUGUUAAAGCGUGGCGUGGAUGUGAACACGCAGAAUUAUGACGGUGACACGGCUCUACACGUUGCAGCCCUCUGUGGAAGACAGGAGGUUGUUCUGCUACUUUUACGGCAUGGUGCUUGUGCCACACUACUCAACGGAUGUGCUCAGACCCCCAGGGAUAUCACUGACGAUGAUGAAGUCAUUACUAUGCUGGAAGCUGCAGAAAGAAGAGAGGGCAGGAAGAUGGAGGAGAGACUUUUAAAUGCAGCAAGAGAUGGAGAUUGUGGGGUUGUAGCCCAGUUGCUCAGCAAGAGCAGACCUCCUGACGUGAACUGUAAGGACUCUCAUGGGGACACGGCGUUGCACAUUGCAGCCAGCAGGGGGCAUAAAGAGUGUGUGGAGGUGCUGGUUAAGAGUGGAGGCAGUUUUAGUACAAUGAACAAAAACGGCCAUUCUGUGUUAGACGUCACCAAGGAUGAUCAGAUGAGAUUCUUUCUGGAGAAAUGUCAAGAAAAUGCUAUCACGGCUAGAAAGUUUGAAGGACAGUUGUGGAAGAAGUCAGAUUUUCUGAGCUGGAACUCACACUGGGUUGUUCUGGAGAAUGGUUCUGUGAGCUGGUACUGUAAGCAGUCUGACACAGCAUGUGGAAAUCGUAGGCAGGGCUAUAAGCCUCUUAUUAAGGCUCAGUGUGUGGUAAAAUCCUGGGAUAAAUACUUUUUCUCACUGAAGUGCUGUGAUGGCAGUGUGCAUCACUUUAAAGUGUCCUCUAGAUGCACUGAACCAGAAAUCAGCAGGAAAAAAUGGGUGGAUGCUAUCGAGGAGCAUGUCAUGUACAGCGCCCUCUGUGGAAGCCCAGAUAAAACACCUGCACAGGAAGGAGAAGAGAAAGUAGCUGAAGAAGCAAUGGAUCUUCUGUCACACUCACUUCAGGCAACUGAAAGUUACCAGAGAAUGCUGGAGUCUCAGGUGGCCGUAUUUGUCUCUAUGGUCAAGAAUGAGGACAACAACGAUAUGACAGGUCCUGAGCUCAUCAAGGCCAGAGAGAUAUGUGAGCUGUGCAGUGAGGCGUGCUCAGUGUUGAGACACUGUGUAGAUCUGCUGUCCCAGCGUGAAGAGGCGUGGAGUGUAAAGUUAGAACAGGAAGUAGAAAAGAACAAGAUUCUGUCUGAGGCUCUGCAGACGUUGGCAACGGAGCAUCACCAGCUCAAGAAAAACCUUUCUAUAGGCAGAAAUUCGCCGACUCCGAGCGCGCUCACUGAGGAUGAAUUUUAUGACGCUGUCUCUGAGUGGGACAGCAUUGUGACAGGACAUCGCAUUUGUGUCCUCCGGUUUAAUCGACUGCUGCGGAGCGGCUCAUCUACAAGCAUAAGAAGCUCACGCUCCUGCCAGCAUGUCUGGGGGGGAGAACCAUGGAGAUAAGACCACCAUAAUGGUGUCAAGAAACACAGAAUGUCUCUUCCUGCCCCGAUGUUCUCAAGAAAUGACGUAAGCAUCUGGAGCAUCCUUAAGAAAUGCAUUGGGAUGGAACUAUCGAAAAUCGCCAUGCCGGUCGUCUUCAACGAGCCUCUGAGCUUCCUGCAGCGUCUCACAGAAUACAUGGAGCAUACGUAUCUCAUCCAGCAAGCCAACGCCUCUACAGACUCCAUCCAGAGAAUGAAGUGUGUAGCUGCAUUUGCAGUCUCUGCUGUGGCAUCACAGUGGGAGAGGACCGGAAAGCCCUUUAACCCACUGCUGGGAGAAACUUAUGAGCUAAUCAGAGAGGAUCUGGGCUUUAGAUGGAUGUCAGAGCAGGUGAGCCACCACCCUCCUGUUAGUGCCUUUCACGCUGAAGGCCUAAAUGAUGACUUCGUGUUUCAUGGCUCCAUCUACCCUAAACUCAAGUUCUGGGGGAAAAGUGUGGAGGCAGAGCCUCGAGGAAUCAUCACUCUGGAGCUCCCCAAACACAAGGAAGCAUACACUUGGACCAAUCCUACAUGCUGCGUCCAUAACAUUAUCGUAGGUCAGCUGUGGAUCGAACAGUACGGCAACGUGGAGGUUAUUAACCAUAAAACUGCCGAAAGAUGCAGCUUGACAUUCAAGUCUUGUGGCCUCUUCGGCAAAGAGCUACACAAAGUGGAUGGGUACAUAUAUGAUAAAAGCAAAAAGAAAAUCUGUGCCAUUUACGGCAAGUGGACUGAAUGCCUGUAUACAGUGGAUCCAGCUGCGUUCGACGUCCACAAAAAAUCAGAUAAGAAAACUUCUGAGGAGAAGAAAAGCAGCAAGCAGAGCAGUGUGGAUGAGGAGGCUGAGGAGAUGCCCCCUCCUGAAGCCGAGACUGUGCAGGUCAUCCCGGGCAGCGAACUCAUCUGGAAGAUCUCCCCAAGACCCGAAAACUCAGCUCAGUACUACGCCUUCUCCACAUUCGCUAUGCAACUGAAUGAGCUGGAAGAAGACAUGAAGGAGAAUCUCCCCAUUACAGACUGUCGCCUCCGGCCUGACAUCCGAGCCAUGGAGAACGGAGACAUAGAUUUGGCCAGUGCGGAGAAGAAGAGAGUGGAGGAAAAACAGAGAGUGGCACGGAAAAACCGCUCCAAAUCCAAUGACGAGUGGAAGACGAGGUGGUUCCAACAAGGAGCAAACCCACACAACGGAGGACAAGACUGGCUUUACUCUGGUGGCUACUGGAGCAGGAACUACUCCCAGCUACCUGAUAUAUACUAACCUCACACUUCCUCCAAGAAAGGGACUGCUGAAGAGAAACCAUGCAUGUUCACUAUUAACUUCAGUUCAUGCAGACUGUCAGGUGUUUAUACAGCUACAAGCUGGAUUUAUGUUUACCACCAUCUUAAAAACACUCAAGCAUGAGGAGAUGGAUCAUGGCAGUUAUUCUUAAAUAUGCAGUGUGUGAGGUGAAGUUUGUUUGUCCAGAGACUUGCAUUGCUAACUUUAAAUCAUUAAUAUCGAUAUUACAGAGUUUCAGUUUCAAUAGAUGUAGCGAGGAUCCUUGUAAAUAUAAAAAGAAAACUACAGUAGGAUAUAGAUGAUUAUCUGUCAAGACUUGAAUUCGCUGAAUGAAACAAACAUAGUCUUCUGUAGGUGGUUAAAACGUACCUCAUAAUCUUUAGUAGCAUCUUAAAAUCUGUUGUGAAUAAAAAUAAAUGUUAUUGUAAGUUUAUGAAAGUCUAGUUUUGCAGGCUACACUUAGUCCUUGGUUAAACAGAUAAACAAAUCAAUGUUUAUGUUCAAUUGAGAUUAAACAAAGCAUUUCGUUUGUAUAAAUAUUAGUUAAUUAAUUAUAUCUUACAGUCGGUUGUCUGUGGCUAUUGAGAACCAUUUUGGAUGUAGAAACGGGGGAAAAGCGUGCUUAGAUAGUCGACGGACCAAUCAGAUAUCGUUUGGAAUGUUUUUGUUGGGUUGUUGUAUAUUUACGAGUGAAAUUCAAACAUUUUACAACCAAACUACAGAAUUUCAGAAUAGUCAGCAUUUCAACACUGAACACUCAUCACAACAAAAAGAAUCAUUACCUAAUGAUAAUUAUAUAGAACUACAAAUUCACCUAUUCAUAAAUUUCAUGUUUCUCAGACACAUAAAACCUAAAGCACAAAUCUAUUCAACUAUGCAACCUUUUUGAUUAGCUCUGUUGAAUCGAAUUUAUUCUGAGAAAUUGAAUUGAUUGCUUAGCUGCAGGUUCUUUUAUGGCAGCGUAAUAUUUACAACAGGAAAAGAGUGACACCUAAAAAUGACUGGGUUAAGUAUAAAAUAUUUAUUUUAGGUACUCCUUCUUUACAGGUCUGUCACAAAUACCAACAAAACCCAAUGUAAAGUGUGACACAACAGUAAACCCAGCAGAAGAGAACUGUAAUGUAUACAUUUUUAACUGUAUGAUAAAAUCUUGAAUAUGGGUAGAAAAGUAAAGAAAAGAUGAAUUUGUUUGUAUAUUGCUGCUAAAUAAACACUAACGCUUCCCUAAACCGCUGACAAUGUGUCCUCAUUGUUUCAGGUUUUCAGCUCAGAGGUGGACAAAUCCUCAGAGGUACUGCGUGUAGCUACAUUGUACAUUGGCUUAAGU